UUGCUUGAGGAGCAAUCCUCAGCUUCCCUCCCAAUUUUUCCUACAAUUCUUACCCCUUCUUAGCUUUUAUCCGCCAUCUCUGUUCUUGAAGUUGUUAUCACGAUUCAAUUAAUAAAAGUUCAGGAAGAAGGGAUUGAUCAUCAUACAUGGCUGUGAUUUAUGACAAUUGGGAAAGGCUAGUUAGAGCUACUCUGAACAGGGAGGAGCUCCGGCUCAUUGCUCUGAGAACCCCUAGUGAAGUUUCCUCAGUAUCACUAUUAUCAGCAUCUCCAUCCUUUAAUUUGAGUUCUCAGAUCGGCCAAGUUUCAUCUUUAAAUUUCAGGAGCUUAUCAGUUGGGGAUUCAUUUACGUAUCGUCAAAUUCUUCAAGCUACAGAUUUCUUGAGCGACUCCAAUCUCAUCAAGCACGGCCACUCCGGGGAUCUCUAUUACGGUGUUCUCGAAAGUGGGGUUGAAGUGGUAGUUAAGAAACUUCAUCUGUCGCCCGUAGACACAGAAUUUUAUUUAAUAUCAGAAUUGGAAAUUUGUGGGAUGGUUUAUCAUUCCAGACUGAUCCCUUUUCUGGGAUAUUGCUUCGAGAGUAGAAACAAAAAAUUUCUAGUUUACAAGUACAUGCCUAAUAAGGACUUGUCCAAUUUUUUGCAUAGAGAAAGUGUCUCGGGUAGUGAUGAGGGUUAUAGCAGAGUACCACCGUUAGAUUGGAUAACAAGGUUGAAGAUUGCAACUGAAGCUGCAGAGGGUUUAUAUUAUCUACAUCAUGAAUGUUUUCCACCCCUUGUUCAUAGAGAUAUCCGAGCUAGCAGCUUUCUGCUUGAUGCCGACUUUCAAGUGCAUUUGGGGAGCCUUGCUGAGGUUUGUUUUGAAGAAAAGGACAGCAAUCAGAACAGGAUUGCAAGGUUGCUGCGGUUGCCAAAGGGUUUUGAACAAAGCAAUUCUGGUACAUCUAAUGCAACAUGUGCCUACGAUGUAUAUUGCUUUGGAAAGGUUUUACUUGAACUAAUCACAGGAGAGUUGGGCAUCAGUGAUGCCAAUGACUCAAUUAUGAAGGCUUGGAUGGAAAACACCCUGCGUUACAUUAAUCCAGACAACAAGAAACUCAUUGUAAACAUUGUAGACCCAACUUUAAUCACACAUGAUUUGACGGAAGUAUGGGCAGUUGCUUUUGUUGCCAAGGCCUGUCUCAGAGCCACACCAUCUAAGCGGCCCCAAAUGGAAGAAGUACUUGAGGCUUUACAAGGUACCAAAUCAGCUACCUUCACUGUCAAAAACCUUCAGCGUGCUGGUCAUCCCAAUUCACUUGGCCCAGCUCUUACAAGGCCAGAAAUUACUAAGGGAUCUAAAGUACUAGGAUGGACAACGCCGUCCAACCACAUUACCUCUUCAUGCGGCAGCUCCAGUUCAGGUAACCAUGAGUUCUCGGAUGCUAAUGGCACUGAAAAGGUUAAGCCAAAUGGAGAGAUCUUGGACAGCCCCAGUUUAUGUGCUUUUACUUAUCUGGAACUCAAGAUUGCUACCAGAAAUUUCAGAACUGACACCUUGCUGGGAGAGGGUGAAUUUGGGAGAGUGCACAAAGGUUUGCUUCAUUAUAAGUCAACCGCAAAGAGUGGCACUCAAUCACUAAUUGCUGUUAAAAGAUUUUACAAUGACACUGUGCUAGGACUUAAAGACUGGCAGGCUGAGCUAAACAUACUUGGAAGGCUUUCUCAUCCUAACCUUGUUAAGCUCCUUGGCUACUGUUGGGAGAAUGAAAAGCCACUACUUAUCUAUGAAUAUAUGCAAAGAGGCAGCUUGGACUCUCACCUUUUUACAUGGUACUCUGAUGUUCAGCCACUUCCAUGGGACAUAAGGCUUAAGAUUUUAAUUGGAGCAGCCCGAGGUCUGGCAUUCUUACAUGCACUAGAGAGAAAAGGUUCCUUUAACCAGAAGAACAUGGGAGAAGGUUUCUAUAGAUAUUUCAAGCCCUCAAAGAUUUUGCUUGAUGAUGCAUACAAUGCGAAGAUAUCAGGUUAUGGUGUGACUAGGAUAGAUCCUCCUGACAUCGACUAUGAAGCAGAUCCCAUCAAAUGUAACCCGGAAAGUUAUGUAUAUGCUGCUCCUGAGUAUUAUCCGACAGGGAAUUUGCUUAUGGAGAGCGAUGUAUAUGGUUUUGGUGUUGUAUUGGUCCAAAUGCUGACAGGAGAAUGUUGGAGAAUAUAAUUGAUAUCCGCUUAGAAGGCAAAUAUUCUUCAAAAGGUGCUGUAGAAAUGGCUCAGCUUGCUGUAAAAUGUCUUAUGUAUGAUCCCCUAUUGAGACCA